GCUUAGGUUAAGCGGUCAUCUUUCUUCUUCGAUCUGUUUCUGGUUCAUUUAAGCAAUCAAUUCAAGGUUCUAUAAAAAAUGGCCGACACCGAGGAUAUUCAACCCCUUGUUUGUGACAAUGGAACUGGAAUGGUGAAGGCCGGAUUUGCAGGUGAUCACGCACCAAGGGCGGUCUUUCCAAGUAUUGUUGGUAGACCACAUCACACUGGUGUUAUGGUAGGCAUGGGUCAGAAGGAUGCUUAUGUUGGAGAUGAGGCACAAUCCAAAAGAGGUAUCCUUGCAUUGAAAUAUCCAAUCGAGCAUGGAAUCAUCAGCAAUUGGGAUGAUAUGGAAAAGAUUUGGCAUCACACUUUCUACAACGAGCUUCGUGUUGCUCCAGAAGAGCAUCCCGUUCUUCUCACCGAGGCACCUUUAAAUCCCAAGGCCAAUAGAGAGAAGAUGACCCAAAUCAUGUUCGAGACCUUCAACAUUGCCGCUAUGUAUGUUGCCAUCCAGGCUGUGCUUUCCUUGUAUGCAGUGGUCGUACAACCGGGUUGGGUUCCGUAUUGUUUGGAUUCCGGAGAUGGUGUUUCACACACGGUGCCAAUUUACGAAGGUUACACACUUCCUCAUGCCAUCCUCCGUUUAGAUCUUGCUGGUCGUGAUCUUACAGAUUCCUUAAUGAAGAUUCUCACCGAAAGAGGUUAUAUGUUCACCACCACUGCUGAACGGGAAAUUGUCCGUGACAUGAAGGAAAAACUUGCAUACGUGGCACUUGAUUACGAGCAAGAGCUAGAAACUGCCAAAAGCAGCUCUUCUGUUGAAAAGAAUUAUGAAUUGCCUGACGGACAAGUUAUUACGAUCGGAGCAGAGAGAUUCCGUUGCCCGAAGGUCCUUUUCCAGCCAUCACUUAUCGGAAUGGAAGCUGCUGGUAUCCACGAGACCACCUACAACUCGAUCAUGAAGUGUGAUGUUGAUAUCAGGAAGGAUCUUUACGGAAACAUUGUUCUCAGUGGUGGUUCGACCAUGUUCCCUGGAAUUACAGACCGGAUGAGCAAGGAAAUCACCGCUCUUGCUCCUAGCAGCAUGAAGAUCAAGGUUGUUGCACCCCCGGAGAGAAAGUACAGUGUCUGGAUCGGAGGAUCUAUCCUUGCAUCGCUAAGUACCUUCCAACAGAUGUGGAUCUCAAAGGGUGAAUAUGACGAGUCCGGCCCAUCCAUCGUCCACAGGAAGUGCUUCUAAGUUCCGAGUAUGGAUGUUGUUGCUUUUGGCUAAGUUUCUGGUUGGUUGGUCUUUUUGACUCUUUAAUUUCUAUUUCGUUAUUCCCUUUUUCAUGUUAUGCGAACUAAAAGACUGGCGGACGUCAAUUUGUGUGGAGUGAGUUGGGUAAAUGAACGAAUGAAUGAGGAGUUAAACUCGAUACCACCUGAUGUUGUUUCUUAUAUAUUUCAGCCAGCAAUCCUUUGUAGUUGAAAAGGGCUUUGUUAUAUGGUUGGUUUAUUUUUAUACUACAUUGAGGA